AUGAAGAUAUCUGCGCUGCUUUAUGCGGCGCUUGCCAGCAUCCUGUCGAUAACUGCCGACAGUGGAACGUGCAGUGGACCACAAGCUCGGGUCAAGCCGCCGCCUGGUGCUAUCGUUGUCGAUGCGAUGGGUGAUCCCAAGCGCCAGGGCAGCUACCGGACGAUGAAGGAGGGCGUUGCAAAACUCGAUAUUAGCACGGUCAAGCAGCAGACAAUCUUCAUCUUUCCAGGAGUCUACAAGGAGCAGGUGGUCGUUCCGCUCCUCCAAGGCGCUCUCGUGAUCCAAGGCGCCACGUGCGAUGCGACGUCGUACGUCAAGAACCAGGUGACGAUUACGCACGCGAUGGCGCAGAAACACUUGGCUUCUGGAGUGGUCCGCGAGCGCAAUGCACUGACCAGCACAAUGCGAUUCAGGUCCAACAACGUGAAGGUUUACAAUCUCAACAUCGCCAAUACGGCGGGUCUUGUGGGGCAGGCUGUUGCUGCCAGCGUCGACGGCACAAACUGCAGCUUCUACGGCUGUAACUUCAUAGGAAACCAAGACACUUUGUUGACCACAACUGGCCGCCAGCUGUAUGCGAAGUCACGCAUUAGUGGCACCGUCGACUUCAUUUUUGGUAUGUAUGCGGUGGCUUGGUUCGAAGACUGUGAUAUCGAUAGCAUUGGCAGGGGGUUCAUCACUGCCAACGGUCGUCCUAGCGAAGACAGUGAUUCCUUUUACGUCUUCAACCACGCGCGCGUGUACAGCUCCGAUGCCAACGCUUUCAACACAACCUUCCUUGGUCGUCCGUGGCGGUCUUUUGCUCGCGUCGUGUGGCAAAACAGCGAGCUUGGCCGCGUUGUCAAUCCUGCGGGUUGGUCAAAGUGGAGAAACGACGACCCGACGAAGUUGUACUUCCGAGAGUUCAACAAUUUUGGCCCAGGCGCAGCUACGGGUCAUCGAGCAAACUUCAGCCAACAGUUGAACAAAGCGGUGGACAUCAAGGAACUCUUUGGUAACAGCUACAAGAGCGAGUGGUGGGUUGACCCAUCGUACCUAUAG